UCGCGUCCAAGUCAAUUGUGUUUUUCUCUCAAAACAGAAGUGGGCUUCGUUAGUUUCGGUGCCAUCAAGUCUAUUGCCUUUUUAAGAAGGAAUAAUCGAUUAAAAAUCGUGCAUUUAUUUUUAAUUCAUUUUUAUUCUUGUUGCUCUGUCUCCUUAAACUAUAAAUUAUUAUUAUUAUAUUAGUUGGUUGGUUUAACGAUCAAUAAAUAAUUGAAUUCCAUAUUUGGAUUUUUUUGAAAACUGAAUACUGGUUUGAAAAAUCUAAGGAAAUAAAUUGAAAAAUAUAAAAAGAAAGACAAAAUGUCUUUUCGUUCGCGGUCACGUACAACACAGCCGGUAACGUCACAUCGGCGAUCUUUGUCGAGUUCGCGUGUUCCAUCUGGCUCUACAGGUUCUCUCUACUCCUAUAAUGGAACCUCUGUUGGAAUACCAUCAUCAACUUAUUCUUCAUCCUCACGACCUCUAAGCACAGGAUAUUAUCAAAAUUCAUCGAGUGCCUAUCAGUCGCCCUAUGCAAAUAUCUACAGUUCUCGAGACAAUCUCUACAGUAAUUCUUCAUCAUCAAAUCGUAAUAAUGGCAGCUACUAUUCGAACAACACUCAAGGAGGACUUUCGAGACAGAAUUCAGGAAAUAAAUCAUCCUAUUCAAGCAACUACAGUAAUCCCUCUUCAAAAUCAUUGUCUAGUAGUAGCGGUGGAGGUUAUGAGUCGAGAUACUCAUCAAAUCCUUAUAAUUCUGAACGUUAUAUAAGCCCAUAUUCGAGUUAUGAUAAUGGUGUCACCACAGCCGGUCUUAGUUUGUCCAUGCCAGGUGGAAGAACCUAUCAAAGUCCCCCCAAAUCGAAGAACUCUCCGAGUAGUUCUUCAUACAGUAGUACUCCAUCAUCACGAUCUUCGAAUAUGCUCAAAUCGUCCUCGAAUACCAGUUUGAAUUCAUAUCCAUCAAGUUCACAUAUAAAUUCGUCAUCAACAAAUGGAGUCUCGGCGGCUUCUGUUGUACCAAGAAGCAAUUCGUUGAGGGAACAAGAACGUAAAAGUCGCAAUCGUUCUCGAUCGAGGAGUAUUGCUCAGAGAUCUUUGAGUGCGUCUUCAGAAAAAAGUGAAGGCUAUGAAAGUGGUAACGAAAGAUCAUCGCGCUCUAGACUUGGUAGUACAGUUAGCGUGGCAACGGACACAGAUAUAAGUGAUACUAAGAGUAGUUCUAAGGAUAAAACGGAAAACGGUGAACUUAUCGACUAUAAAGCUCUUUGGGAAGCUGCUAAGUUAGAAAAUGACAAACUAAAACAACAACUAAAGAAAAAGGACGAUGAGAUCAUCCAAGCCCGUGCAACAGUUGAACGUUUUACCAACGCAACUACUAAAAAUUCACUCUCAGAGAUUGAAAAACGUGAAAGAAGAGCAAUGGAACGUAAACUUUCUGAAAUGGAAGAAGAGUUGAAGCUAUUACAGAAGUUAAAGACUGAGAAUGAGCGUUUACGCGCCGAAAAUCGCGCUCUAACUCGUGUCGUAUCAAAAUUAACGACAUCAGCACAAAGUCAACUUCAAAAAAAGAAUUAAAAUGAAAAUUAAAUCAAAAAAUAAAAAGAAACCAAAAUUUAAUUAUAUUAAAUGCAAUAUUCACGUAAAACAAAAUAAAAAAAAAAUAAUUAUAUAAUAUAUUUUAACUUUAUGCUUAAACAAAAAAUUCAAUAUAAAAUACUUACGUCUAUAUAUUCAUAAAGUUAAAAAUAUAUACCACAUCGAAAAAAUAAAACCAAAUCAGCGCUCAAGAUCGUGUUUUGCUAGUGCGACAGUUUCCUGCUACAAUAGAAAAAUUUAUUAGAAAUUUUGAAAAAAAAAACAAAAUAAUAUAAAAAUAACAAAAAAGAUAAAAGAUUAAAUAACUUUGUGGUUUUGCUGUGGAUGUGGCAAAAAUCUCUACUUCGAUUAUCUUAAAAUAAAUAUAGAAAAAGAAAAUUACCGUCAUAUCAUGUGUCACCUUUUAUGAAACGGGGCUUUUAAUCAUGGUCACGCAUUUUCCGCAAUUGGAAGUUUUCAAAACGGAAAAUCAACGCCUUAAAGAAGAAAAUGGAGCGCUAAUUAGAGUAAUUAGUAAAUUAAGCAAAUGAAAAAUAAGAAUUAUUAAUUAUAAUUUCUCUAAACAAUUAAUAUACAAAACUUUUGUUUUCCUUCUUCACUUUACUUCACUUCUAUUAUAUAAAUACAAAAACAAACAAACAAACUAAACAAAAAAAAAAAGAAUUUUCAACCAAAUUAUGAGACACUCUUGAUUGUUAGACCAUGAACAUAAACAAAAACAAAAAUUUAUUAAUUGAUAUGAUUACAAUUUAUUAUAAAUAUUGAUGAUGAUGUGUAGCAAUUUAAAACAUUUAUUCACUAUGUAAUUUAAUUUUAUAAAUAUUGUUUAUUGUCAAAAUUUGUUAAAUAAAAAAAAAAUCGUUAAUUUUAUUACAUUUAUUAAAUUAAACAAAAGAAGAAAAAAAUACAAAAUAAUUAAAAAACUAUAUAAAAGAAAUUAUAUAUAAUGUAAAUGUUAUAGUUUAUUGAAAUAAAAAAACAAACAAAAAUACUGAAAAUUAAAAACAAAAUAUUUUUAGACGUUAGUUAAUAGAGAAAGAAAAGAAAAAUCAACACGUUACAACAACAACAAAAUGUUAAACUUAACCCUAUUUAUGUGAAACAGAAAAAAGAAAACAAAACAAGCAGAAAAAUAGUUCACUCAGAACUUUUGUUUAUUUUUAAUCGUUAAAUUUUCUUCUUUAAUUUUUAAGUUUUCUUUUUUAAAUUUUUUUAUUUAAGACUUAACCGCAUUGAGAAACCGAUUUUUAUAUUAUUAUUUUUUUUUGUUUAAAUAUUAUUUAUAAUUAUUUUGUUUUAAUGUACUAGACGAAUGCAAAAGAAUUAUAAAAAAAAUAAAACUAUAACUACUCAUAUUAAACUAUUAUUAUAAAACUGAAUGAAAACUGAAUAACUAAAAAACAUAAAUAUUGUCAAGAUAUAAACAAAAAAGAAUUAUUAUUGUGAAUCCAUAAGAGAGAUAACAUAGAAGUAAUAACAGAAGAAACAAAAAUAUGAAUGAACUUUAAACCUUGAACUUUGAAAAGAAUCAACAAAACAAAAAUAGAAAAAAGUCGGAGACAAAACUUUAUCAAAUCAUCAAUCACCAAAUUUUUAUAUUCAACCUUCCGAUUAAACUAUUAUAUCGUUGUUUCCCUUCUUCUUUAUUUUGUAUUUUUUCUUUUUUGAUAAACAUUUUUCUGUUAACAAUAUUUAUAGUUUUAAUUAAAACAACAAAAGAAAAUACUUUGUGUGGAUAUAUCACGAUUUUAUCACUUAUUUUAUUUUUAUUAUUAUUUUUAAAUUAUAUUUUUGUUAUUUAUUGAAUUUAAUAAAAAAAAAUUUCAAAUUAACUAUGAAAGCAAAACAACAACAAACAAACAAAAAAAUUAAUGUAUGUGAUCAAAUUUUA